ACAUACAAACCCAAACCCAAACGCAAACUCCCCUUUCGCACUCCGUUUGUUGCAUUGCAGUCACCGAUUUCACAGCAAUUCAACAAAACCAGAGGUUUGUUUUCCUUGCUUUCGAAUUCGAAUCGAAGCCAUGGCCACGGAAGCUUACGCGGCACGAAACCCGGAUGAGAUUCACACUGACGUACUCUCUAGUUCCAGACAAGCUUGCUAUAAGGCUCGAGACGCUUUCUAUGCGUGUUUGGAGAAAGAAUCGGACAAAAAACAGACUGAAAUCGCGUCCAAGGGGCUGUUGUACCCAGCUGAGUGCAAAGCUUCGAGGGAGGAGUUUGUCAAUCACUGCCGUGCUUCUUGGGUUAAGCAUUUUGAUGCUCUUUACUGCAAGAACAAGAGUCUGAAGAGGCUUUUGGAUGAUAAAGAUUCGAGGAGAGGGGUAUAAGGCUUGACUUGGCCCCUGAAGACAGAAGGAAUCAUCCUGCUGAGUUACUGAGUGCUUCCUUAGUCAGUGGGAGAGAUCUAUAAUGGUUUUAAGGCUUGCAGAGGUGGUACAAUGUUAGAAAGUUGUGAGUCUUUUAGUGUGUAUUUAUGCUUGCUUGAAUAAGAAGCACUGGAAAAGAAAUCUGUCUAUCUGACAAGAUGUUUCUGGUAAAAUUUGAUUGUAUUAAUCUGAAGGCUCACGCUAGUUGUUAUAUAUCUCCUAUUGUUCAUAAGUUUGAUGGUCUUGACACACCUAAGACAUCUAGGCAAUUGCAAGAAUGAAGUGUUGUCAAUGCCAUUGUUCUGAUUCCAAGCUAGUCAUGGACCUGGUGGUAAAGCUUUGGGGAGUUGGUUUAUAUAUGUGUUGCUGUAGCCUAUAAGACUGUAUGCAUCUUUGCGAAAUUGUUUUCUCCUUGGUAUAUGCUUUCGAAGUAGACUCUAGGUAAAAUUGUUCAACUAUUCCAAAUGAUCGAAACAAGCUAAGGUGGAAAAUGAUCUCUUAUCCAGCUACCUUCGUUGCUAGAUAAAAUUGCUUGGCGUUUGUCUUGUGGACAUUGUAUAUUUUGGUUUGCAUACUGAAGAAUUGAGAUAGAUAGCUCAUAAUCAGGUGUUGUGACGUGUAUAGAUGCUCUACAGAUAUAGUUGAAAGAGUUGAGGAGGGUAUUAGCUUUUGAUAUUGAGAGUGAGAUGCUGGGAGCUCGUUUGAACUAUUUUGGAGGAAAGAGGAAAGGGGUGGUGUUGGGGUACUGCGCGAUCAUGGCAGUGUUUUGGGUUGUCUGGGCAGAGAGAAAUAGAAGAACUUUCGAGAAUAAAUUAGAACGAUAGUGCUCAGUUAUGGGACAGAAUCA